CUGGACUAAUGACGGGCAGUACCUGGCUCUGGGGAUGUUCAACGGCGUCGUGAGCAUCCGCAACAAGAACGGCGAAGAGAAGGUGAAGAUUGAAAGGCCAGGGGGCCACCCCGUCUGGUCCAUCUGCUGGAGCCCAUCGCGGGAAGAUCAUCACGACACACUAGCGAUAUCGGACUGGGGGCAGAAGCUGUCCUUCUAUCAGCUCAGUGGCAAACAGAUCGGCAAGGACCGCACGCUGGGCUUCGACCCGUGCUGCGUGAGCUACUUCUCCAAGGGCGAGUACGUGGUGGUGUGCGGCUCGGGCGGCCGCGCACACCUGUACACGCGCGAGGGCGUGCCCCUCGGCCCCGUCGGGGAGCACCCGGCGUGGGUGUGGAGCUGCCGCGUCAAGCCCGACUCGGAAUACGUGGCGCUGGGCAGCCAGGAUGGCACGGUGUCGUACUUCCAGUUGGUGUUCAGCACGGUGCACGGCCUCUACAAGGACCGCUACGCCUUCCGCGAGAACAUGACCGACGUCAUUGUGCAGCAUCUCAUCACCGAGCAGAAAGUGAGGAUCCGCUGCAAGGAGCUGGUGAAGAAGAUCGCCAUUUACCAACACCGGCUCGCGAUCCAGCUGCCGGAGAAGAUCGUCAUCUACGAGCUGGUGUCGGACGACUCCGCCGACAUGCAGUACCGCGUCAAACAGAAGAUCGGCCGGCGCUUCGACUGCAACCUGCUUGUCGUCUGCUCCAAACACAUCAUCCUCUGCCAGGAGAAGCGGCUGCAGUGCCUGACUUUUGGCGGCUUGAAGGAGCGUGAAUGGGUGAUGGAGUCACUCAUCCGGUACAUCAAGGUGAUCGGCGGCCCCGCGGGGAGAGAGGGACUUCUCGUGGGCCUCAAGAACGGACAGAUCCUGAAGAUCUUCGUGGACAACCUCUUCCCAAUCGUGCUGCUCAAGCAGGCGACGUCAGUGCGCUGCCUGGACAUGAGCACAUCACGCAACAAGCUGGCCGUGGUGGACGAGCACAACGUGUGCCUCGUGUACGACCUGCGCACGCGCGAGCUGCUCUUCCAGGAGCCGAAUGCGAACAGCGUGGCGUGGAACACGCAGUGCGAGGACAUGCUGUGCUUCUCGGGCGGCGGGCUGCUCAACAUCAAGGCGAGCGACCUGCCCGUGCACCAGCAGAAGUUGCAGGGCUUCGUGGUCGGGUACAACGGCUCCAAGAUCUUCUGCCUGCACGUCUUCUCAAUGUCGGCCGUCGAAGUGCCGCAGUCGGCGCCCAUGUACCAGUACCUGGAGCGCGGGUUGUACCAGCAGGCGUACCAGAUCGCGUGCCUCGGGGUCACGGAGACCGACUGGCGGCAGCUGGCGCUGGAAGCGCUCGAAGGGCUCGACUUUGACACGGCCAAGAAGGCUUUUAUCCGAGUGAGGGAUCUCAGAUACCUGGAGCUCAUCUACAGCAUAGAGGAGCGGCGGCGGCGUGGCGAGAGUGCCCAGGAGCUGUUCCUGGCGGAUGUGCACGCCCACCGUGGACGCUUCCACGACGCCGCCAAAUUCUACAAGCGUGCCGGCCACGAGAGCCGGGCUCUCGCCAUGUACUCCGACCUGCGCAUGUUCGACUGCGCCAAGGAGUUUGUGGCGUCGGGCGACCCCAAGGACACGCGGCUGCUCAUGCGCAAGCAGGCGGACUGGGCGCAAGGCGUCAAGGACCCCCGCGCCGCUGCCGACAUGUACCUGGCGGCCGGAGAGAAUGUCAAGGCGAUUGAAAUCAUCGGGCAGAAUGGAUGGGUUGACAUGCUGGUGGAGGUGGCGCGCCGCAUGGACAAGGCAGAUCGCGAAUCUCUGGCGCUGUGUGCCCAGCACCUGCAGCGGCUGGGCCAGCACGGCUACGCGGCCGAGGCCUACGGCAAGAUGGGGGACUGGGCCGCCCUGCUCCGGCUGCACGUGGAGACACGACACUGGGACGAGGCGUUUGCGCUGGCAGAGCGGCACCCCGAGUUGCGCGAUGAGACGUUUGUGCCGUACGCUCGCUGGCUCGCGGAGAACGACCGCUUUGAGGAGGCGCAGAAAGCGUUCCACAAGGCGGGGCGGCGUGGGGAGGCGGUGCACGUGCUGGAGACGCUGACGCACAACGCAGUCGCUGAGAGUCGCAGCAACGAUGCGGCCUACUACUACUGGAUGCUGUCGACACAGUGCCUGGACAUCGCUGGCAGUGACACGGCGCAGGCGGAGGAGAUGCUGAAGAAAUUUGAGCAGUUCCAGCACCUGGCUGAGCUGUACUACGCCUACCACUCCAUCCAGCGCUACACCGAUGAACCGUUCACGUCUCACCUCCCCGAGUCGAUCUUCAACAUCGCCCGCUUCCUCCUGCACAGCCUGGGGCGAGACAGCCCACCGGGGAUAUCCAAAGUGAACACUCUGUAUGCCCUGGCCAAACAGAGCCGCGCACUGGGCGCCUACAAGCUGGCACGCCACUGCUUUGAGCGUCUGCUGGCGCUGCGAGUGCCGCCCCGGCUGCAGGAGGCCGUGAUGCUGGGCAGCAUCACCAUUCGCUCGAAGCCCUUCCAGGACAGCGAGGAGCUGAUCCCCAUGUGCUACCGUUGCUCUACCAACAACCCCUUGCUCGGUGGACGUGGAAACGCGUGCGUGAACUGCCGCCAGCCGUUUGUCUACUCCUUCUCAUCUUUCGAGGUGCUGCCCCUGGUGGGAUUCUCCCUGGAGGACGGAGUGGGCGAUGAGGAGGCCUUGUCGCUCAUCAACCUGGAGGGGCCUCCCGCCGGCGCCGGGCAGCGUGGGGACACGCGGUGGCGCGAAUCGCGAGCCGGAGAGGCGGACAUGAUGGUCAUGGAAAAUAGCGAGGAUGCCGGGGGGGAUGCUAACGACCCCUUCGCUGCUCGACUCAGCUUCGAGGACGGCGCCGAGUUCGUGCCGGUGGUGCUGAACCGCGCGGCACUGCACUCGCUCAGCCGGCGCCAGGUGCUGGUGAAGCGCUGGCCCCCGCCGCUGCGCUGGCAGUUCUACCGCUCGCUCAUGCCCGACGUCCCCAUCACCGUGUGCUCCUCCUGCUUCCAGAUGUUCCACAGCGAGGACUACGAGCUGCUCGUGCUGCAGCACAACCGCUGCCCCUACUGCCGGCGCCCCAUCGAGGAGAUGGCGCAGUGAACGGGCUGCUGCUGCUGAUGAUGCUGUAGCUGCUGCUGCUGUAGCUGCUGAUGAUGCUGUAGCUGCUGCUGCUGCUGGUGCUGCUGCUGCUGAUGAUGCUGUAGCUGCUGCUGCUGGUGCUGGUGGUGCUGCUGCUGCUGAUGAUGCUGUAGCUACUGCUGCAGCUGCUGCUGCUGUAGCUGCUGCUACUGCUGCUGUAGCUGCUGCUGCUGCAGCUGCUGCUGCUGUAGCUGCUGCUGCUGGUGCUGUAGUUGCUACUGCUGUAGCUGCUGCUGUAGCUGCUGCUGCAAGUGCUGUAGCUGCUGCUGCUGCUGUAGCUGCUGCUGCAGCUACUGCUGCUGCUGUAGCUGCUGCUGCUGCUGUAGCUGCUGCUGUAGCUGCUGCUGCUGGCGCGGCUCCGCUGAGACUCAGGGGGCGCAUCGUGGCCGUGUCCGAGCAAGCGAGCCAGUGCUCAAUCUCUCAAUGUGCGGUGUUUAGGCACGUGGCGAUUCAAUUGCUCGAUUUGACAAUUGAUUUUGAAAUCGAGCUUGUGAGAUGUACUUGUCAUACAAUGCAAAUGAUAUGCAAAUUGUGCAGAAGUGGAGAAUCUAUGGGCCCGUGGUGGCCGCAUGAGGCCUACCGCUUAGGUACGGCCCACGGCCGAUAUUAUCUAGCCGCACGAAGUGAGUAAUAAAAGGGAAUAUUUUUGACCUGGCGACGACACUGUCAUUUUAUAGUGCUCAACCACUUGCAUCACUACAGGGGGCUCUUGCAGGGACAGAAGCAGCCGAGGCGUGCGUUGAAGUGGCCGAUGGAUUUAAAGAGACAACAAACGCAAACAGGAAACAACAUUGACACUUGAAUCGAAUCAUGAACAUAAAUUGUGACAAACAUUACACGCCUACCAAGUCUCUCUCUGCCUCUUGUCAUCAUAAGCUACGGUCAAUCCACCACGUGAGAAAGGCUUCCCCAAGCCGUUGUCAUCUCAAUGGCCGUGUCAGACAUGCUGAACCAGCAUCCCAGGGUCUGAGUGCGUCUCUCUUAAGGGGCUCAAUGGUUCGUGCCAGAGCACGGCACUUAUAGUUUGUCCGCAUUUCUCUCAUCACACGACAUCUCUCACUCUUGUCAAUAUCGCUCUCAUUUCACUACAUGUGUCUCAUUUCUAUCAUCGUACCACAUCUCUCUUGUGCACAUUUUUUCUCACCUCACUGCAUCUCUAUCUCUCACCUAAGCCGCUUCUGUCGUCUCACUGAGUUUCUACUGGUAGGAACCUCCUGGUUACACCAGCCCACAGGGGACUAUUGUGUCUGUCGUGCAGGGAC